CACAUGACGCUGACGUCAUGCGGAAUGCGGACCAGAAAACGCAUAUUGUCAGAAAUAAGUGACCUGAAAACAAAUUGACAGACACCAGAGCUGCAGAAAAUGCUUCGUUUUAUCUGCUGUUGCUGCUUCUCUAGUGAAAAUUCCGGGAACGAGAGGCAGCCUCUCCUACAGCCCAGACCACCUGACUUGACUGAAGCUGGAUCAGCCCGGCAGAUCCCACCCGCACGCAGUGCACUGACUGUUAGACGGGUUGGCAGGCUGGUGAUGAGGCGAGUGGGCGUGCCAGAGUUGGACCAGAGGUUUUCUGACGCGGCCGAGACCUUCAAUGAACAACAGGAGCACUACGAGGCCUUGGUCCGACACAUCAACAACCUGCAACGGAGCUGCGACUGUGCCCAGGGUGAUACCCUGGCUUUUGCUGAAUGUGUUGGAAAAAUCAGAGAGGAGUACAAAGCCACACACAGGGUCUCUAUUAAGCUGAAAGGCUAUGACUUCUCCUUCAGUGUGCUUCCUGUGGGGAUAGAGGGUGAGUGUGAUGAUGAACCGCUGCCUCCACAUCUGAAGUUGGCUCAGGAUGAACUGAGGGGCGCCUCUGAGAAGGUCAGAGCCACCAUCUCGAAAGGUACCGCACUUCAAGAGCUGUUUGGCUGGCUGCUCCGGAGCAAGGAUCAAAUGGCUGACCAGGUGAAGGGGGCAGCACCAACAUACCAGGAGCAAGGAAGACUGACUGAGAACCUGGAGGAGAACAUGAGGGAAGUGAAGAGAGCGAAGGAGUUGUCAAUGGAUUACAGACAGCGAGCUGGAGAAGUCCUCACUGAGGCUGCACAGAUCGCAGGGGCUUAUUUGUAGCUCAUUUGUAGCUUAUGUAUAUUUUAAAUUCUUUAUCUGAACUCACAAAUUACAUUUUAUAUAUUUUGUUUCUUUAUAAAGUCUGUAAACACACACAGCCAGGCUACUGUUGCUGCUGAGAUGGAAGAAAAUUUUACCAGCUAUCUUGUCCUUUUUCUUGAUAUACAUGCCACUUACAAACUCAACAACAGUCACUUUGUGAACAUGCACAAGGCUGCCACAUAUCAGUGUCUGCACUCAUAUCCUGGCAUCUGCUGCAACAUCAGGAAUGUUUGAAAUAUGUCAGAACAGAUAGGUAUACACGGUGCUUGGCAGGCCUUUGCAGCCUCUUUUUUCAUGUUUAUUUACAAGGACAUGUGAUCAUAUUUUAGUGAAUAUGGCAGACUUGCACUUACACUUAAAAUACUGCACAUUUGUUUGUGAAAAGAAAUAAAUGUUUCUAAAUAUCUGUAAUUUUACCACCUAACAUUAGGGGCGCUACAGACUCAUUUUACUGUUGUAACAUUCGCUUUUUGAUUCGCAUUCGUUUGAUUUUGUCUGUCUCUCAGACAUUGCACUUCAUGGAACACGUUUCCCUGAAACCUAAAGUCCCUGGUAUCUACACAAUGAAUUUACAACUGUUUUUUUAUUUAAUUAGGAACUUAUAUUUUUGCAAAACUUUGCCUUGUGGAAGUAUUGUUCUAAUGCAGGAGUAUUUGGGUUGUGAAUUGCACUGCAUAGCACAUUACUUAUAAUGCCAUAGAGGACAAGACAGGACAGAAAACAGUUUCCCAUAGCAGCAAAGGGAACUCGGCUUGUUGUGUCCUUUUGCUAUUGUAGCAUUCAGGCAGAGCAGAUUUGCUGCUUAUCAUCUACAAAAGCCCCAUUUCAUUUAUUAACUGAUUAAAAACUGCAGCUUUGCAGCAUCUGUUAAUGUGAAAGCAAACAAGCACAGGGCCAUAUGCCAUCUUGAUAAUUCAUUUUGGAAAAUCCAUUGUUUCAGAGGUCAUUGUCAAGUGGUCAUGCAUUAUUUAUCCAAGAGAGACCGUUUUAGAGUACUGCCUUAAGCUUCACAGAUUAAUUUGGCAUAAAGUGUGCAGGGUGUGGUGGGUAAAACCACUAAGUUGAUCUCAUAAUGAAAAGGAUUUGUAAAUAUAACAUAAAUAUAAUGUUGUUUAAUAAUAAUAAUUGUAUUUGUUUAAUAGGGGCAACCAAUCUUAACUAUGUCCUUAAUGACAGUGACUAGAUCCAGUGUCCGUGCGACAAAUGUUUAAAAUUGAAAAUUUUAACUGAUCCAUGAUUAAUAUAUGAAUACACUGUAUUUUAAUCAAACGAAUCAAAGAGAAAUCACUAAUAACUAAACGGCAAUCAACUGUUUAUAUGCUAAAGUAUAUAUUAUUACAAUCCUAUAUUCCAACUAUAAACAAAUAAAUAUAUAAAUGACUUA